AUGGAUAUAGAUGUUGAUAAAGUAAGUUUUUAAACAUAUAAAGAUCAUUGAAAAACUCUUAGAAAGUAAAGGAGCUAAAUCAGGAAAGGCUGUAAAUCUGACAGAGAAUGAAAUACGUUCAUUAUGUAUAAAAAGUAGAGAAAUUUUUUUAAGUUAACCAAUGUUAUUGGAAUUAGAGGCUCCAAUAAAAAUUUGUGGUA